CUCAUUUGCGUGUUUGCUGCCUCUGCUCGGGCCCGGCGUUUGUCCGGAUUUCCAUACAGGUGCGUCCUCGGCUCUAGCUCUCAUUUGACUGUCAAACGAGGCGGCGGGGCUCCUUUUCUCCGCCCUGCGCAUCCCGCAUCCAGUCGCUACCAGUCAGGGAGCGCAGGGGAGUGCCCUGCGCCGCGGAACGGCCGACAAACACAGCGCGUCUCCUACUCCUCCUACUCCUACUCCUCCUCCUUGUCGUCGUCGUCGUCUUCUCCUUCUUCGUCCUGCACUGGAGCCGGACUCAUCUGCCGAGGCAACUCCACCGACUCCAGACCCUCAGCGGUUCUUCUCGCCGUUAAAGCCCAGUCUGCAUCCUCUAUCUGCCGGCUGCACACGAAAUCGACCAGCGGACCUGUCCGCAGUAUCAUCAUGGAGGAGUUAGAUGUCCCACAGAUGAGGAGAGAAGUGGAAAGCCUUCAGUAUCAGCUGGCAAUCAACAGAGAGAAAUCCUCUAUCACUGUUACUGAGCUUGUGAAGUGGAUCGAGGGUUGUGUUUGUGAAGAUCCAUUCCUGAACCCUGAGCUGAUGCGAGCAAACCCCUGGGUGGAAAAGGGGAAGUGUGUGAUCCUCUAAUGGUCACACACACACACACACACACACACACACACACACUAUCACGGAUGCAUAUAAAUGAAAGAAUCAUGCACUCCCACACUCAGUUGUUCUGCACUAACUCACUCUCUCUCACACAGACACACACACACACACACACACACACACACACACACAAUAUUGCUAUUAUCUUGUUUAUUUAUUUGGACACUCCUG